CGGUUGUCUGGGUUACAGUAAACGACGCUUCAGCUCAGUGCGAAAACCACAACUGUUAUAGCUAACAAACCACAGAUUCUGCUCUUAUGCCGCGUAUACGAGGGACAGCUUUAUCAACGCCACUGCUGAGGAACAGUUCCAGGAAUGGCGGUGUAUUUUGACCACCGAAUCGAGGCUCCGGAGAACAGCGGAACACCUUUUCUCAUCGCCUGGCAUUCUACUCAACCUGUGCUUGCUGUAGGAUCCAUCAAUCCAGCCACCGGCGGCAGUGUCGAACUGUACCACCAACAUGGUGAGCGUGUAGAGCUGUGUAAAACUGAACGGAACUGCAGCCCAUGUGUGCUACGUUGGCACCCCAGUAAGCCUGUGCUGUGUGUGGGAUGGGAGACCGGAGAGGUGUUGCUCCUCACACAUCCCACUGGAGAGACGACACCUCUACCCCAGAACACACACACCUCCGGCAUCACACUUCUGGAGUGGAGCCACAAUGGAGCUAGACUGGUCACUGGGGAUCAGGCUGGAGUGCUGGCUCUAUGGAGGGUGGAUGCUAGAGGGAGAUUUCAGGGAUCGCAUGUGGUGAAGCACGAGUACGGCAAGCCUCUAACCUGCUGCAUCUACAAACCCACCGCACCCACAGAAGAUGUGGCUCUGCUGGCUCGUGCAGCGGUCAGUGGUGAUGAGACUGCUCUGGACAUGUUUAACUGGAAGAAGACGGGCAGAGGACCUCCACGCCAAGACACACUCCAGCUGUACUGCAGCACAGCUGACGGCUCUGUGCACAGUGUUGAUGAUCGUGGGCGUAGCGUGUGCGUGCUGACGGUGGAGGGAGCGGUCCAGAAGCUGGUGUAUGUGGAGCGCAAGGCCACGCUGGCUGUAGUCACCGACUCCCUCAUGCUCGCUCAGUUCAGCCUCAUGCCUGAUGGGGGCGUCCAUGAGCUUAGCAAGGUGAAGCUGAGUGGGAGGAGUGGCCAGAAUAUGGACAUACUGUGGACGGAGAGUGGCCUUCUGAUUACUGCUUCAGGAGAGGCCUUCAUCAGGCUAUGGGAUUUGGAGAAAGAUGACAACUACAUUUUGUCUUUGGAAGAGAAAUUGGGUUUUGAGAAGGGAGAAUUAUUGAACUGUGUGUCAUACUACCCAGCUAAAGACAUCCUUGCAGCGGGCACAAGUAAGGGCCGAGUGGCUCUUUGGAGAAUGGUCACCACGGACGACUCAAAAGGAGACUCUACAACUCAGUGGAAACUACAGACUCCCACAGAAGUACAGGGGAAUGUAUCUCAACUCCAGUGGGGCUCUAGCCUGUGGCUGCUUGCCGUGUGCACGGGGGCGUCGGUGCAGAUCCUGUGCGAGCAGCUCAUGUGCUCCCACUUCAGCCAGCAGGUGGCAGCGGUGCAGCUGACGCCCAACACCGUCAGCCUGGCCUACUUCAACACAGACACACACCACAUGCUCCGCACAGACACACACAUCAUGGCAGUGCAGGUGGCCAAGGAUUCUGUCACUGUUUGGAACGGGAAAUAUGUGACAGUCUAUGAAGCCACUGGAUCCUCUCUAAGCAGCACAGGUUCGUUCCAGUGUGAGUCUCCAGCUCUGGCCGUUCAUGAGGACAACAUUUACACUGUGGAGCCCAACAGGGUACAGGUCCGCACCCCUCAGGGAACAGUGAAGCAGUUGUUGACCUUCUCUGAGGCCGAGGGGAACCCGGUGUUCCUCAAUGUCUGUAAAUCCUACCUGGCUGUGGGCACAGACACCGCUCACAUCAGAGUGUUUGACCUCACUCGCAGGGAAGCUAAGCCAAUAUGCAAUGCAAAAAGCCUGAAGGAGAUGAUCCCUAAUCUGGGAGCCUUGCGCUCAGUCAAGUGCAACGCCGGCGGAAACCAAGUCAGCCUCCUAGUCACACAGGUGAACGGCAGACCAGACCACAAAAUCUAUUUCUAUGAUGUAGAGAUGGACACGGUAACACACUUUGACUUCUUCACUGGAAGACCUCCCAGUGGCUUCUCACAGUCAGAGGAUGGGGAGAGGAAUCAAUGUGCAGAGGCUGACCUGAGCAAGCGCUACCCCAUCUCUCAGUUUUGGGAUGAAACUGAACCACGUCUCUUUGCUUGCGAGGCUGCACCGCUGAACUUUGACCUCCAGCAAGACAGCCAAUCAGAGAAGGCUGAUGUUCUGGUGGUGACGUUCUUUGUGACCCAAGAGCAUGGUCUGCUGUUGCAAGAUUCUUCUCCUAAACCUGCCUCCACACAGGCACUGCUGGCCCUUGAUGCGCCCUACUAUUACUACACCUGUAAGCCUGGGGAGGGCAGUGAGGCGGGAGAGCCCAGCGCAUCUCCUCACAUGGUGAUGCGUCGCGCCCUGAGGGACUUCACCGGCCUGGAGAACUGCGACAAGCCCACCAGGGACGCUCUGCUCAACUUCAGCUUCUACCUCACCAUCUCAGACAUGGACGAGGCCUUCAAAGCCAUCAAGCUCAUCAAGAGUGAGGCGGUGUGGGAGAGCAUGGCGCGGAUGUGUGUGAAGAGCCGGCGGCUGGACGUGGCGCGGGUCUGCCUGGGCAACAUGGGCAAUGCCCGGGCUGCACAUGCCCUCCGUCGGGCCGAGAAAGAGCCGGAGCUGGAGGCCCGAGUCGCGAUGCUGGCCACUCAGCUGGGCAUGCUGGAGGAGGCUGAGCGUCUGUAUCGGGCGUGCGGCCGCUACGACCUGCUAAAUAAGUUCUACCAGGCGUGCGGCCAGUGGCAGCGCGCCAUCGAGACGGCGGAGAGCCACGACCGUGUGCACCUGCGCACCACCUACUACAGCUACGCCAAAUACCUGGAGGCCAUGGGGGACACCACCACCGCCCUCUCCUAUUAUGAGAAGUCGGACACCCACCGGGUGGAGGUUCCCAGAAUGCUGAUCGAAGACUCCCUGGCCUUGGAGAUCUACAUCAACAAGAUGAAAGACAAGAAUUUGUACAAGUGGUGGGCCCAGUACCUGGAGAGCCAAUCAGAUAUGGAAUCUGCUCUGCGCUACUAUGAGCAUGCCCAGGACUACCUGUCUCUCGUCAGAGUCCACUGUUACCUGGGAAACGUUCAAAAGGCGAGCGAGAUCGCCAACGAGACGGGCAACAGGGCGGCCUCCUACCACCUGGCGCGGCAGUACGAGGGCCAGGAGGACAUCGGCCAGUCGGUGCACUUCUACACGCGGGCCCAGGCGUACAAUAACGCCAUCCGCCUCUGCAAGGAGAACAACCUGGACGAGCAGCUGCUGAACCUGGCACUGCUCAGCAACCCCGAGGACAUGAUGGAGGCUGCCUGCUACUACGAGGAGAAGAACACGCACAUGGACCGCGCCGUCAUGCUCUACCACAAGGCCGGCCACGUCUCCAAGGCUCUGGAGUUGGCCUUUGCCACAGAGCAGUUUGGCGCGCUGCAGCUGAUCGCAGAGGACCUGAAUGAGAACAGUGACCCAGCCCUGCUGGCCCGCUGCUCAGACUUCUUCAUCAAACACGCGCAGUACCAGAAGGCUGUAGAGCUACUGGUAGCGGCUAAGAAGUACCACGAGGCCCUGCAGCUGUGUCUGGAGCACAACCUGACGGUGACGGAGGAGCUGGCCGAGAGAAUGACGGUGGCCCAGGGCUCCGCCCACCUCACGGAAGACCAGCGCAAAGACCUGCUGGAGCGCAUAGCCGACUGCUGCAUGCGCCAGGGCAACUAUCACCUAGCAACCAAGAAGUACACUCAGGGAGGCAAUAAAAUAAAGGCGAUGCGUGCUCUGUUGAAGUCCGGUGACACAGAAAAGAUCAUGUUCUUCGCUGGAGUGUCUCGUCAGAAGGAGAUCUACAUCAUGGCUGCCAACUACCUGCAGUCUCUAGACUGGCAGAAAGAUCCGGAAAUCAUGAAGAACAUCAUCGGAUUCUACACCAAAGGCAGAGCCCUCGACCUGCUGGCGGGUUUCUAUGAAGCCUGUGCACAGGUGGAGAUUGAUGACUACCAGAACUAUGAGAAGGCAUUGGGAGCAUUAACGGAGGCCAACAAGUGUCUGUCGAAAACAAAAGGCCGAAACGAAGAUGACCAGGACAGUCGAGUGGCUGAGCUCACGCAUCGAAUCUCGCUGGUGAAGAAGUUCAUCCAAGCACGCAGGAUGUAUGAGGACGACCCUGCACAGGCGGUGCAUGUGUGUGAGACGCUACUGCAGGAGUCGGAUCUGGAUCCAGCGGUGCGAGUCGGUGAUGUUUACGGCUUCCUGGUGGAGCACCACUGCCAACAGGGAAACUAUCAGCAGGCCGUGUCUCGGCUGGAGGAGCUGCGGCGCUCCAUGCCGUCUGUGAACAUCGGCCUGUACGUCAGCCAGCAGAGCCUGGCAGCCCUGCAGAACGCCACGGGGCUGCAGCUCGCUCGCGGGGACAACCGGGACUCCCACUCCCAAAACCUCCUCAACUCCUCACGCCAUGACAGCGGCGGCGAGGAGGAGGAGGAAGAGGUGGUGGAGGAAGAGGAGGAAAACAUGCCAGACUGAGAUUGAUGCACACUGCCUUCUGCUUGUUUAGUCCCCUGUUUUAGCCAUACGUACAUUCAUUAGUUGGUCCGUAAGAAUGAUAUUCCCUUUUUAGCACCCCUCCCAUGGAUGAACAUCAGACACACCUCACCACAGUCAUUCUGUCAUUUCAUGUUUGUCUUAAUUUCUCCAUUGUUUUUCUUCUUACUUCAUUUCAACUCAUUUCGGUUCUCUUCUCUUUUGCUCUGUAUGGAAAAUGCUCACUCACAUUGUAAAAGAAUAUAAUGGCUGACCAAGCUUGGGCACAGAGCUGUACCUGUGACUUAUUUUGCUACAUUUCUACUGACUGUGCCAGCCUGCUAAUAGCCCUGUGCAGAGGUGUGUGUGUGUGUGUGUGUGUGUGUGUGUGUGUGUGUGUGUGUGUGUGUGUGUGUGUGUGUGUGUGUGUGUGUGUGUGUGUGUGUGUGUGUGUUGCGCCACAGACAGACAAAAAGACAUUUCCGCACAAACUGUAACAAUUGGAAAAGCCUUUGAUAUUUUGUAAUAAAAAAAAUAUUUGGGAUGUACUUUAAUAAAUGUUUUGUAUAUUGUCUAAUUA